GUUCAAGUAAACAACAUAAAGAGAACAGAGGUUCACUUUGGUGAUUUUCACAUCGUCAUCAGCAUUGUAACUCUGAACUAUUAUAAAAAAAAGUGAUAGAGGGAAUUAAGGUGAAAUCCAAUAAAGAAAUAGAAAGUAUCUGAUAACCACACCCGAAACAUUCGAUAUUGACACUUCAUGGUUAACACCAUCACCAUAGUUAAAAUAGUCUUCGCGAAUAGUUAAUAAUGAAAACGCAAAUUCGUUAAUUUACUUGAAUUGGAGAAGUUUCUUUUUAUAAUUGUUCACAAGUUUACUUGCCUCCAUUGAGUUGAAAUAGUCUGAGACAUCAGACUGGAAUUACAGACUAAAUUAUUAUACCAGUGAUCAUUAUCUAAAAUCAUCAUGGAUUAUCGUUCAACAUGGAUGUCGCUUUUAGGAUUGACCAUUUUACUCAUUGCUCCAACUGUUUUCUCCAUCAGUAUGAGUGCCUCGAGGAAACAAGAAAUAUUUGAACUUUGUUAUGGUCGUCAACGGUCAAUGGGACAAAUAACACCACUCAUUAAUGGACAAACAAAUCCACCUUUGGCUGCCAGUGUUGAAAAUUUGAUCGCCUUGAUUGAAAAGAUUGAAAAUUCAACAACUCGUACCAUGCAAGCAAAAGAUUUAGCAGCAACCAUUUUAAAAAAAUUCCGGUCCGAUGGUAACGUGAUUAGAACCAACAGUUUCCUUGACCAAUCUCCGCCCUACGCAGGCAUAGAUAAGAUUGAAGAUGCCUUGUUGGACUCGACGACUGAUGUCAAUUUUGACGAUCAAACGAUCUUAACGACUAAUGAAAGAUGCUCUCUUUACUAUAUGCUUUCAUAUCAAAUCAAUAAAACAGAAAAGGCAAGUUCAACAUCUCGGUACAACAGUGCUUACCGAGCUCCGCCAAUGAACUCAAGACCAUCAGUUGGAACUUCAAGAUAUGGUAAUAAUGUAAACUAUGCUCCAACUGCCUCAGCUAUAAAACCUCGUGAAUAUGGUGUGGGAAGUUUUCGAUCUAAUAGUGACAAUGCAAUCGCUCUGAAUCGUUUGUUGCUUGGUGUGAUAGCAGGUCAAAUUAAUAGCCCGGGUAUAGCUCUUCGUGACAUUUUUACUAAAUUGAAACCUGAUACUCAAUAUGAGACUAUCACUAAAAUCAAUGUUGAUGAGGUGAUCAAUCCUUUAAUGGCAGUAACUUUAAGUAAUAUUAUGGCGAUGUCGGCUGCGGAAGGCGAAAAGGUAGAAGUUCAGAAGAUAGGAGUAUCUGGUUCCUGGGAUAAUGCAGCAUGCACAAUGGAAUAUACUUUAAACAAUGAAAAUCCGUCUGAAGCUACUUUGGCUAAUAUUCGUGGAGGUAUUGAUGGAUAUUAUAUUGGUGAACUAGCCAAAAGCUUAUCAAAAACUCCCUCCGGAAUGAAAUUGAGAUUGAGUCAAAUAUUGCGAUAUUAUUAUGAUAACGUUGGAGGUAGAAUUUCUAGUACUUGUUAUUGUGACAAAUCCUCCGUUACCCUUGAUGACCGAAGCAUCAGAGAUACUGCAACAAAUUACUUUAAAGUUUACGAAAUCGGUGUCAAAGGCAAUGUUAUCUCAGAAGAAGCAGUGACUCUGGCUAUUGAAGGUAAAAGACAGCAUAUCGAAGCAGCUUAUGUCAAAGCUAGAAUGAUUCCAGCUGAAGAUGCUGAGUAUUGUGCUACUGGUGGGGGAAUGACUGGUAAAUUAGAUUGUGAAACUCCAACUGAUCUAUUUGUUGCUAUUGAUCUUCAAUCUCCCGAUGCUGACAAAUACAAAAAUUUGACAGCUCGCUUGAUCAAUAACCUGAAUCUUGGUAUUUAUGGCUCUUCAGCAACUGUCCUUUCUUUGAAUCGAGAAGAUAGUGCCACUUCCGAAACUGGGCAAACUUUUCGAAAUAAUUUGAAACAUUUGGCAUGGGCCAGUUAUAAUAAAGGCUGUCCAGGCUGUUCUAUGACUUACCCAAGAGAAGAUACUUACGGAAAUCCCAUAAAUGCUCCAUCGGCUGAUCUUUACCUUCGAAUAAAUGAUACUUUGCGUGAUUUUGAAGCUAAUAAAUGGCAUUUACCAGCAGCUCCAGCCAGACCGUUUAUCAUUAUGGGUGGAUCUUAUUCGGCUAGAAGUAUUGAUUCAAACAUUCGAAUGGCUCGUAACAAUUUGAAAACCAAUCAUCGGGAUGUUCAAAUACUCUUGCUCACCAAUGCCGCUGAAAAUGAUUUGACUGAUUACAUAAACGCACCUCAAGAUGUGAUCAAAGACCAAGAUUUAUCAGAUGUAAUGGCUAGAGAACUAUCAGAGAAAAUCUGUCAAGUUCCUGCUGUCUUCCAAUAUGCUGAUUGUCGUCGAGUUAGUACCGAGAGUAAUAAUGCUUUCGAGGGCUACAUAACACCUGGAAGAACACAAUAUUGGGCAAUGUAUCCUGAAUAUUUUAUCAAAAGUUACGAUGUUUCGAUGAAAUUUUAUAGUGCCCAAGGAAAUAUGAGAGUUUGCUUCGGUCGAUAUCCUAAUCCUGAAGAAACAGGUCGAUGUUAUGGAGACGAUGAAGAGACAAGGAAGAAUGGAGAAAUUCGCAUUUACGUUUCAAAUCCAUGUCAAGACAGAGAUUUACAGACUUGUGAACCCUUCUAUUUCACCAUUUCAAUCCCUGAUCAAGGAAUGACAGCAAAUAAUCUGUGCACAGAUAAAAAGUGUCUUAACGCAAAACAAGCCAAAUUCAAGUUCACUCACGCUGGAAUUCAAUGUAGCUCCGCUUUUUCCUUGGUUUCAUCAUUAUACUUGGCCAUUAUUUUAGCUUUGUUAUCAUCUUUUUACAACCAGUCAAAACAAUUCUAAUUCUAAAUAACUCUUUGUGUGAACAAACUGCCAAGCACUUCUUAUGCUUUAAUUUCAUCAUAACUUGACUUUAAUGAACGAUCAUUGAAGUGUCAAUUACCUGUAAUCAAUGUUUCUAGUGACAACUAUUUUCUCCUUUUUUACACAUCAACAGUCUCUGCAAAAAUAUCUUUCAACUCGUGCAGAUAAACUUAGUCAUAAAUCGUGUUUGUUUUUUUAUUUUCAUUUUAAUUUGAAUAAAAUUCACUACAUGAAAACGGUUACAACAGCUUAAUUGUCAAAUAAUUGUAAAAGUUUCCCGUUUGCCUUAAAAUCUUUGGAAGACUACUUUGAAUGACAAAAUCACAUAGAUUGUACCUUUUAAUGGAAUUGUAAUAAUUUUCAGUAAACGAAAUAAAAUAACAUUUACAAUUUAGUAAAAA